ACAAAACCACAGUCCAAAUUUCAAUCUUCCCCAAAUUUACUUUUCCAAAAUUCUAAAUCCUUAAAUUUUCGGUCCUUCGCUCUUCCGUUUGGAAGAAACCCUUGCCCCCAAAAUGUCCCCCAAUCGCAUCUUUCUGGUGGAAACGGUCGUCGAAGAACUGAUUAUAUUCCCGCAAGAUCCUGACCGUGAUCCUUCGUCGGAAACGUUUGAUUUAACCUCAUCGGAAGUCCGUCACCUGGAGAAGGGAGACUGUGCGGUUUGUCCGAUUCGCUGCGUUCGCUUCCAGCUGGGCAAUUUGGCUCGAUGUGAAGUUUGCGAAAAUGAUUUUGGCUCUCAGCUGGACAUAGAACGCUCAAAGUUGGGCGAAAGCUGUAUGUUCACACUGGACACAGCUCGCCAGAUUGAUGAAUCGCUAAAUUUCGUGAUAUCGGCUGUGGAAAAGUGGCCAAGUGGCCGCACAAAUGUCCUUGGUAGAUGGAAGCAGCCGGCGAACGAGAUAUUCGCGAAUCUGGUCAGUAACUACGACAAUAUAAAUGGGACGACCGGGUCGAGUACGUCGAUCGGAACAGCUUUAUCCGAGGGUUCGAUUUCCAAGAAAAGCAUUCCAGUAUCGGAAACAAUCAAGUCACUAUAUCCGCUGCACGGAAAGGCUGACAUCGUUCGUGGUUACGUUAUAAUGACAUUGCGAAUUUCCUGUUUGGGCUCACGGAUCAUGCAGAAGGUUAUGUUUGGAACAAAAACCAACGAAUCAGGGUUUACCUGUUUCAAAUCCGUUGACCAAGAGGACGAAGAACGAUUUAUGAAAUGUGUGGCUUUCGAUGAGGUAGCUCAUCCGCAUCCCGUUCUUUGCACGGAUUGUGAAAUCCCGAAAGAAAAUCUACCGGGUCCUCCUCCGGGUUCAGUAUCCAGUAAGGAGGAGAUUUGUUCACCUUAUGACGAGUACACGGCUGAAAUGAACGGUAAUGCAAUUUCCAUACGGGUGGAAAAAGACUGCCAACUCAAAGUAAUGUUGCCGGAUGAACCAGAUGACAAUUGUACCAAAGGCUGUUGGACUUCACUAGCCCUACCGGAAGGCGUGUACGCCCUGGAGGAACGCUAUGUUCAACGAGAGGAGAACGCAUGUCGUCUGCCGGUGGUUCGAGGAAACCUCAAAUAUCCCGCCCGGCAGUGGUCCGGGGACUUUAUGAUGUGCAAGCAGAAACGACCGAUCUGCGCCGAAGAUUUCCGAGUGCGACCGGAUCAAACCCGUUCCGUAUGUAUGCAAACACGUGAUCCCGAGAAAACGGUGGAACCCUGCGGUAUUGAGAUAUGCAGAAAGGGAUGGAAUGACCCGAACGUUGAUGUGUUUGUGCUGAAGUUGGGCAAAAAUAAAACCUCCCGGGGCGAGGCGGCUCAUAAUCAGGUUGAGGUGGAAUUACGUACGCCGAAGGGGCCCAUGGUGGAGAAGAAGGCAAAGGAAACGCGUGGUGUUCAGGUGAUUGAGGAAGAAUUCGAAGACUUCAAAAAGCCAGUUACGGAAGAGGCCAAAAAGUCAAAGAAAACUACUAAGAAGGGCAAAAAGAAAUAGCACCGAUUAAGUUAGAGAAAUGUGAGAAAAUAUGCGUCCCGUAUUGAUUGUUAUUACACUCGUUAAAAAAUU